AUCAUGAAGUCAUCCGUCAAAAAGAUCAUUGCCAACACUAUCGAACAGCACAACGAAGAACUUCGUGCCAUUAGCAUCAAGAUUCACGAUAAUCCCGAGCUCGGUAACCGUGAAUUCGAUGCCUUUCGCCUUUUGACCGACUACCUCGAGACCAAGGGCUUCAAGGUUACCCGUGGUGUCGCUGGUCUUGAAACUGGCUUCAUUGCCGAGUACUCCAACAGCGACAAGGGACGUCGCGUCGGUUUUUGUUCCGAGUAUGAUGCUUUGCCCGGUGUCGGUCAUGGUUGUGGCCACAACUUGAUUGCAAUUACUGGUUUGGCAUGUGCUCUUGCCAUCAAGGCCUUGUUUGAUCAUAAAAUUACCAAGGGUACCGUCGUGUUGUUUGGAACACCAGCCGAGGAAUCUACAAGUGGAAAGAUCACUUACGUAUUGAACAAUGAAGUCCAGAGCCGUGUUGAUGCUGCGUUGAUGUUGCACCCUAUGGCCACUGAUAGCCUUUAUGCCCGCUUCCUUGCCUUGGACUCUCUCAAGGUCGAAUUCUUUGGUCGUGCAUCUCAUGCAGGUAUGGCACCCUGGAAUGGCAUCAACGCAGUCGAUGCCUUGAUGCAGGGUUGGGAUAAUAUGUCAAUGAUGCGUCAACAGACGUUGUCUAGCAACCGUAUCCAUGGCAUCAUCACUGAUGGUGGUAAAUCUGCCAAUGUUAUUCCCGAUUAUGCCUCUGCUGCAUUCUAUGCACGUUCCCUGACUCGCGACCAAUUGGUUGAACUCAAGGUCAAGUUGGAAAACUGCUUCAAGGCUGCUGCUAUCUCUACUGGCUGCGAGGUUAAGCUCACCUGGGCUGCUUCUGGACCAAUUGAAGAUGUCUUCCAGAACGAUACAUUGACUAGUGCCUACCGGGAAUACAUGGAAGAAGAAGGCAUUAAAUUUGCUACACGCGUUGAAGAAGAACAGAUCGUCAGCGGUAGCACAGACAUGGGUAACAUCACACAUGUUAUCCCUGCCACUCACCCUUGUUUUGGUAUCCACACCACCGCCACCAACCACACCUAUGAAUUUGCAGAGGCAGCAGGUACCGAGCAGGCACAUUAUGAUGCCCUCCUUGCCUCUCGCUGUCUUGCUCGCGCAGCCGCUGAUGUACUCCUGGACAGUGCCGUCCUCAAGUCUGCAGUAGCUGACUUCAAAAAGGGCAAGCAGUGAAUGUGUGUGUGUAAAAAAGAGAGAGUGAGAGAGUGAAUGAGUGCGUGAGUGUGUGCGUGCGAGUGAAUGAGUGUGUGAGUUUAUGAAAAUAUAUAUUAUAAUAAAUCAAGAAUCCUAUCAAUAAAAAAAAGGGGAGUACUUCCUUUUUGAAGGCAAGGGAAAGGUAUUUAGUCUUUUCGGUAGUAGUCUCUAUAUCCUUUAUCUCUUUCGCUCUUCCUCCAUCAUG